UCUCUCUCUCUCUCUCUUUCUCUCUCUCUAUCUCUCUCGCUCGCUGUAGGAUGUUUCACUGGAGGGGUUGUGCUCUACUCUGCCUCGUGUUGGCAAGGGUUGGAACUGCAGCGUCGAGCGGGAAGCUGCAGUGCUCUAUGUGGCCUGUGGGGGCGCUGCAUCCUGUACACGCUCAACUGGAGCGCUUCGAAGCGGGAAUGGGGUGUGCGGCCAGAGAGGGCGGAAUUAAAGAGACACAUGUGAUUUCUGUGGGCAAAGCCUCAAACAGACAGGUAACAGUGGUAUUGAGACCUUUGACCCGGUCUCCUCCCGUCAAUCGGCCGGUGAUUCUGGUGUUGAGUUCCCAGCAUCCCACACGCUGGGUGAUAGAAAACGAAGGACUGCCACACAACAUCAAUGUGCUUGUGCAGGUGUCUCUGAACUCCACGGCGGAGUCUGCGAGCAUGUCCAUUCGGGUGACGCAGGUGUCGUCUUUGCCAUGGCGUCCGCGAGUUCUGCUGCGCUGGAUUCUACAGUGGCACGCCACCAUCUCCUCCCUCACACACACUGUACAUGCCAACCACAUUUAUCUUCGCCUGGGAGAGGAUCCCAACAUGCCGAACGAGUGUCUUCUGCAGUCUCUUUUCUUGUCUCAGAAUUACCUGGCCUCAGAGAUACAGGAACAGGAAGUGCAUGGCUGCAUGCCGUCCAGUGAUCACGCCGAUGCAGAGGUGCAUGUCAUCAGACUGUGGUCGUCAGUGUCAGGUCUGUGCGGCUCGCUGCAGGUGGAGGUGUCUGUCUCUCUUCUGCCUCCUCUGGUUGAUUCAGGAUAUCACAGUAUCGUUCUGAUUCUCAGCAGUGCUGUCUCAGUGAACUGGGCUUUAGUAGCUCCAGAGGUCAGAGGUCACAUCAGGGUAUAUUCGUCCAACAGUGUGAGUCUGCCGAACUCUCGAUCCCCUGACCUCUCCAUGACCAGUACCAUGACCUCUGACCUUCUCAGCACACCUGACCUCCUAGAAUGGGCCGAUCAGAAUGGCUUCCCCAAAGUGACCUCAUAUACAGAGGCUGAUCUCGCCAAUCGCUUCGUAAUCCAGUUAAAGGCAGUGGGAACAGAGCGCCGGUCGCAGUGGACGAGUCAGGAAGAUUUAACAGCAGACCGAGGCAGAGAUGCGCUCACCUGUCGCUGUGACGACGGAGCCCUUACUGUUACCGUGGAUGCACAGAUGCUGCAGACUCUGUUUUUAGCGGUGGUGGCAGUGACUCUGCGUGACCGCGGCUGUCAGGCGGCAUUUAAUGGGAGCCACUUCCUGUUGGUUUUCCCAGUGAUUUCCUGUGGGACGGAGGGAGAUAUGGAUGGAGUAAACAGAAGAGUGCAUUACACAAACACAGUGUUUCUAUGGAGACAGAAGCCUUCAGAGGGUUCGAACAAUGGCACAGACUGGGAUGUGAUGUAUGACUCUCCACUGAGCGUUCAUAUUAGCUGUGAGUCCUCUCUGCCCAGUCCUGAGAGUCGAGCGAACGCGACUCCCUCGUCCCGGCCUGAGGAGGCACUGUGGUUCACUCAAGCUCCAGCUCCUCCCCGGAUGCUGAGGCCUCACGCCUCUCCGCUUCUGUCCAUGGAGCUGUUUGUAACUGAGGCAUACGAGAAGAGACCCGUCGGUCCGUGUGUUAUCACAGCAUAUGACCGUGUCUACACACAGGUGUCAGUGAGUGGUGUCACAGGCGAGUCCAUCAAGCUGCAGUCGUGUUGGGUUUCUCCACUCUCAGAUCCACAGACCCGCAGCAGCUGGAACAUCAUCACAGGCUCCUGCGCCUCCGAUCCAUCUGUCUUACUGACCAAGAGUAAGACACGCGGCAAAAUAACACACAGCACAGAACACAAUGACAGCAGACAGUCAGAGAGACAGAUGCUCCCACGCUGGAGACAGACGGGUCGUCAUAUCAGAGACAACAGAAUGAGACGGGUUAAAGAUGCGCGAACCGUCGCUGGGAGGUACAGAUCGCGCGGGAUGAGACAGAAGAGAGAUGAGCGGGACAAUGAGGGAGAAAGCGCCCUCACGCUGCGCUUUAGUUUCAUCCUCAGACCCGUCUUUAACAACUCCAUUCAGUUCCUGCACUGUACUCUGCGUCUGUGCGCAUCAGGGGCCCAAACAGAUCCGUGGCCCUCAGGGGCCACAGCUCAGACAGUUUGUGCACAUGGGCCCCGAAUACCUGCUUUCACACGUGCACCUGCUUCUCAACAGUGUGAGUACAGGAAUCUCUCUCGCCCUGUUCUGGUCACGUCUCCUGUUGGCUUUCUGGCUCCUCCUGCUGGUGAUCUUGCCCAAAAGCACGCUGAGAUGUCCAGACAGAGUCCCUCACAUGUCGACACGGGUCCCGUGCAGGUGAUCGCGUUUGUUGCGUUUGUGAUGGGCUUCAGUCUCAUGGGGGCGCUGUGGUGCAUCUACACUCACACUGGAAGACGUUAUAUGACACAGAGAGACCGAAUCUCAGAGACCACAGAACAGAACGCAGCCGUCAGGAACAUGACGACACCGCUGGACCACAUCAACAGUUUACAUGAGAUUAAAUAAACAUGUUAAAUACGUUAUCGGUGUAACACUGCACUGAAGUGUGUAGCUGUGUUAUAUUGUGUAGAAUUAUUUAAGUCUGAUAUAUGUAUAUCUGUACGGUUCAUCAGUGAUUUUUAGGCCUUACAUUUUGCAGACGUCUUAAAGGAAUAUUCCGGGUUCAAUGUGAGACACAAUGGAAGUCAAUGGGGUUUAACCUGUAAAAAUUAAAAUACUCACCGUUUCAAAAGUAUAGACAGAAAACAUAAACAAUAUGUGUGUAAAAUCACUUACUGACCACAUCUGUGGACAUUUUUAAUAAUUUUACUACUUUUUUGCCAUGAAAUGACCGCAAAAUGUCGAGUGUUCAAAUAAUACCAAAGUGUUUCUAGCAGGUCUGUCCACUGUCAGCCAUAUUUGGGACGCACUCGGGAGGUUAUUUCCAGUCAUGAAUGUACAGUUCCUGUCUACUUGAAUGGAGAAAGACCGAAAUCUCACAAACGAUUGGUCAAGAUUACGAUUAAAAACAUAUUUCAAUUCAGCAAUAAAAUCUGACAGCACUGGAAUCAUACGUCACUUUUCCAUUCGCCUCGCCUCGACCUGCUUUACUUUUCUGAGCUUGCUUUUUAGUUUUUAGUGCCGCAUCAACGUGGGCGGGAUUAUAGGCUGAUCGUCAUAGUAACGCUGCCUCCACUGCUGUGACAUCAUCUUAAACACGACACAAAACCAUAAACAAUAACACGACCGCUAGCUGUUAGCUGCUAGCUCAUUGUGCUGCAUAAAGCAGUUGUUCAUGGUCAUUUUACUCAAGUGUAACAGUUAAAUUGUCCUGGUUGUUUUAGAAGCUUUCCAGUAGCUGCUCAACUAAAUAAAGUGAAGCUUUCAAGCAGAAUAUAGAGUUAACGUAACAAAACAUACCAUCCUCCAUCAUGGCGGAGUCCAGGGCACUCUCCCUCUCAUUGCUCGCCGUUCUAGAAAGCGUCCAUUUGGUCGAAUCACUUCCACGUUUCCUUGAUGGUUCUGUCAUCACUUUUACAUUUUUUAUCGUUUAUUGACCAUGGCGUGGUUUUGCGCACAGCCAUUUCUUUUUUCACAAAUCGUAAGUCGUGCGAACAAAUGAUACUGCUAUCGCUGUUGCUAACUUUAAAACUAGCGGGUUGAUGUCGCAUGUCGGGAAUCCAGUAGUGACGAUUCUCUCUGACCAAUCAGUGAUCUGCAGGGUUUUGACGUCACAUUUAGUAUCGGCUCGCUUGGAACCUCGACCGAAGUGGUACUAAAAAAGUACCAGGAACUAUCCACAGUGGAAAACCCCCAAAAAAGCGAGCCGAGUCGAGUCGUACAGGGCAGUUGAAAAGCCCCAUUAAAUUGUGCUUCUUUACUAUAGAUUACGCUAAAAAACUAAGUUUUUCGGGCUUGAAUAGCUAAUGUGCAUGCACCUUUUAGAGUUGAUUGACAGGCGACGUCUGUAUUUAAAAUGUGAUUGGCUCGUUUACCUGUAAGGCGGGACUUCCUAUGUACAUCCCAUUUAUUUUAAUAAAGUCGCCUGUCUCUGCUAAAUAGUUUCUGAUAAUACACAAGUUUACAAGUGCUUUUUUAAAAUUAUAAGCUUCACAUUUCUGCCUUUAAACCCUCCAAAAAUCCCCCAUUGACUUCCAUUAUAAGUGUCUCACUGGAACACACAUUUGUGCUUUUUUAAAGAAAAUGGAGGACAAGUUGAAAUACAUUUUUGUGUUAAUCAACAUUAUGCCACAAAUGCUGUCGACUGAGCUUCACUUGUAUUGAACCUGGAAUAUUCCUUUAAAUAUAAUGUCAGUAUUACAGAAAUAAACUUUGGAUGUGCAAACUGCUGCUUUCUCAUCUACAGAGGACGAUCUCUAAACACUUAUAGCUGAUGUAUGUCACUUCUUCUGUGUUCAGAUACUUUCUUCUAUCCCAGUUUUAUAUGCAGAGACAACUAUAAGAAAUCCAUGUUACGUUUCUCAGAAACUGUAAACACUGUGUUUCUGUUGAGAGACACGCUUAGACCCGCCCCAACAACAUUACUCAACCAAUGGUGUGAGUUGGGGGCGGGGCUAUCUCUUCGUUUAGCCAAUGGCAAACGAGGGCCGUGUUAUUGUUGCAAUUCCGUUGACAUACUUCAUACUUUCCUUAUCAAUAAA